AUCACCCUAAAUUAUAGGCGUUCUUUUUUCUGCGUCAGAGUAAAUCUCUCUCUCUCUCUCUCUCUCUCUCUCUCUCCUCUCUGCGUGAAAUCAAUGGAGCUGUCACUCACACACUCGAAGGGAAUCUCCAAUCUCUAUUCCUCUGAUUCACAUCGAUUGAGGCAACAAAUCAAGUGCAAGUGCUCUCCAUGGUAUUCCUCUUUGGCAACAAAAUCAACCAAAUCGUUUUCAGGUCAUAUUUGGUCUCUAAAUGCGAAGCAGAAGCAAAACAAGCAGAUGGUUUUGUGUAGUCAGAAGCAAGAGAUUCCAGUGCUAGAAGCCAGGUCCAUUGAAGAAAUAUACGACUCUCUUGCUGAACGCCUUCUUCCUAAGGUGGCACUUUUGGCGGAAUCCGACAAUCUCAAGUCCAAGUACAUCAUUGGUUUGGCUGGUCCUCCAGGUGCUGGUAAGACAACAGUAGCAUCUGAAGUAGUCUUCCGUUUGAACAAACUAUGGGCCCUGAAAGCUUCCACACAAUCUGAUGACAUUGCUACUGUGCUUCCCAUGGAUGGUUUUCAUCUGUAUCGCUCCCAGUUGGAUGUUAUGGAGAACCCGGAAGAAGCCCAUGCUAGAAGAGGAGCACCUUGGACAUUCAAUCCUGAGCUGCUCCUAAAAUGUCUUCAUUCCAUCAGAAAUGAGGGAUCAGUUUAUGCUCCAUCAUUUGAUCAUGGUGUCGGCGAUCCUGUUGAAAACGAUGUAUUUGUGAGUCUUAAGCACAAGAUAGUAAUUGUAGAAGGGAAUUAUCUGUUCUUGGAAGAUGGGUUCUGGAAGGAGGUCUGUGCAGUAUUUGACGAGAAAUGGUUUGUUGAAAUUGACAUUGAUACUGCAAUGGAACGUGUUCGUAAAAGGCACAUAGCUACAGGUAAAGAGCCGGAUGUUGCAAAAUGGCGGAUUGAGUAUAAUGACCGGCCGAAUGCAGUGCUUAUCAUGAAAUCAAAGAAAAAUGCAGAUCUCGUGAUCAAGUCCGUGGACUUAGAGCCAAGUUAACAUGCUUUUCAGUGGCAGAACAUAUAGCAUGAAUAAAUUGUAUGCUAAAGCCCUUCCAACCUCCAUUUCAAAAUUGUUAGCCAUGUGAGUCAUAACUAAUAAGCUUAUUAUGCAAAUAAAUAUUUCUUCAUACUCCCAUUUGUACAUUUGUUAUCAUAUCUCUAUUCUGUAAGUUUACUGGUCUGGAGGACUAUUAAUGGACCUUUAAGUGAUUACAUCUGGUUUAAUUCUCAUAGUUUCUUCUGAA